AUGGCGGGCAGAGUCAAGAAGAAGGGAGAGGCCGGAGCGGCCAAGAACUAUGUCACUAGAAACCAGGCCAUCCGCAAGCUGCAGAUCAGCCUGCCCGACUUCCGCAAGCUCUGCAUCUGGAAGGGAAUCUACCCUCGCGAGCCGCGCAGCAAGAAGAAGGUCUCCAAGUCCUCGACCGCCUCGACGACUUUCUACUACGCCAAGGACAUCCAGUACCUCCUUCACGAGCCGCUGCUGCUCAAGUUCCGCGACCAAAAGGCCCUCGAGAAGAAGAUUUCGCGCGCGCUCGGCCGCGGCGAUGUUGGCGAUGCGAAGCGCUUGGAGAAGAACGCCGCCAGGCCCGAGGAGACUGGCAAGCCGAGAUACACCCUCGACCACGUCAUCAGAGAGCGAUACCCGACCUUUGUCGACGCCUUGAGGGACCUCGACGACUGCCUGUCCAUGCUCUUCCUUUUCGCCAACCUGCCUUCGACCUCGUCUGUUCCCGCAAAGAUGAUUGCGCGCUGCGAGCGGUUGACCCUCGAGUUCCAGCACUACCUCAUUGUGUCGCAGAGCGUCACCAAGUCCUUCCUUUCGAUCAAGGGUAUCUACUACCAGGCGAACAUCAACGGCGAGGAUGUCUUGUGGCUGGUGCCUUACAAGUUCAACCAGAGGGUUGUUGGCGAUGUCGACUUCCGCAUCAUGGGAACCUUUGUCGAGUUCUACAUGACGCUGUUGGGCUUCAUCAACUUCCGUCUGUACACCGGCCUCGGCCUCAAGUACCCGCCCAAGUUUGACCAGACCAAGGACAACCAGUCUGCCGAGCUUGCUGCCUUCACCAUUGAGGGCCAGAACCUCGCCGCCCCCGAGGAGCCGAAACAAAUCACCAACGGCGAGACCGAGCACAGCGUCGACCCCAAGACCCAGGCCGCGGUUGACAAGGUCAUCAAGAAGCUCAAGUCUUCGGAUGCCGACAAGGAGGAGAGCAAGUCGGAGGAGCAGACCGAGUCCGCAGAAGAAUCCACAAACGCCAUCGACAAGUUCGAGCCCGCGGCGCCCGGCGGUGACGUCCUGCCCCAGCCCGUCCACUCGAGCACCGACAGAAACAAGCUCUUCGCCCACUGCACAUUCUUCCUCUCCCGUGAGACUCCCAGGCAACCCCUGGAGUUCCUCCUGCGGUCGUUCGGCUGCAAGCGCAUCGGCUGGGACGCCGUCCUCGGCGAGGGUGCCUUCACCACCGACGAGCGCGACCCGUCCAUCACCCACCAGAUCGUUGACCGUCCCCCCAUUUACGCUGCCAACAGCGAGGAGGGCGAUGGCGAGGACAACCAGACAUCUCAGAAGCUCGCGCCCAACCAGCGCAUCCCCGGCCGGAUAUACGUCCAGCCCCAAUGGGUCUGGGACAGCGUCAACGACGAGGAGCUCAAGCCGGCGGACCAGUACGCCCCCGGCGCCCAGCUCCCUCCCCAUCUCAGCCCCUUUGUCAGGCAAGUGCAGGGCGCGUACGACCCGACCAUCCCCCUCGAGGAGCAGGAGCCCGAAGGCGAGGCCCUGGCCGAGAGCGACGAGGAGAUGGCCGACGACGUGGACGCCGGCGACAUGGACGUUGCCGGGUCCGACGAGGAAGAGGAGGGCGAAGACGGCGAGGGCGGCUCCGACGUUGACGGCGUCUCCGAGGACGAGGACGACGUCGGCUCCGAGAACGACGACGCCGACGCGCAGCGCCAGCUCGAGCUCGAGGCCGAGCUCACGGGCGGCGCGGUCCAGGCCAAGGAGACCAAGCCCAAGACCAAGAAGGAGGCGGCCCGCAAGGCGCACGCCAAGAAGGUGGCCGAGGAGGCGGAGGAUAUCGAGCGGGCCAAGGGCAUGCUGAGCAAGAAGAAGAGAAAGCUGUUUGAGCAGAUGCAGUACACUAAUAACAAGAAGAGCGCGCAGGACGAGAAGCUGCGUGCCAAGAGGAGAAGGCUGGAGAGGGAGGCCGCGAACAAGAAGGCCAAGGCGUAG